UGCAAUGUUUAUUUUUUUUUCUCGAAUUUUGGACGAAAUUUUUGCGGAUUUUCUGCGGAUUUUCUGCGGAUUUUCGGGAACUGCGCAAAGUUUCGUGAUUAAAAGUGGCCCAAGACGCGAUGUGAGCGAUUCCGUGGUCGAGUGAAGGAAAUUACGUGCAUUCCUGCGUUUGGACACGCUCUAAUUCACAAUUCCACGGCUUUCGCUCGCCAUGGCCGCGGCACCGGAUCGCGGUUUUGUGUCGGAGUAUUUCGCAAACUUGAAUGAAAUCUCCAAGAAGAUUGCGCUGGACAUCGAGGAGAUUCGCGGCGCGUACGAGCACAUUUGGGACGAUCUGAGUCGCGAAGAGCAGAUGGAAAUUGUGAACGAGACGAUCAUCAAGCCGGAACUGGCCCUGAAGUAUUUCGACAACUUCUCCACGUCCACCGACUCCUUGCAACGCAUUCUUGGCACGGAUGACGACGAAAAUGGUACCACGGAAGAUGACCGGAACGCCAAUCUGUACGACGGGAAGGCUCUUCAGACGUUUCAGUUUGUGCGCACAGGGCGUAAAGUGGUCACGGACGACAGUAUCGGAUUGUUCCGGGAUGAGCAUUCGGCGCCGUUCUCACACAAGACCAAAAGCCAGAUCAACUUGACCGUCUUCCCGUUGGAGAAGGAUGCAAAACCGGAUCGUGCCGGUGGGAAAGCAGGGGCCCUGUUGGCCAAGAAGCUGCUGCUCAAGUCUCCCAAACUGGACGAUAGUAUCUGUACCGGAAAGGAGACGGGCGGAAAGGCAAACAAGGAGCAAAAGGAUAAAGUUGGUCCUACGGUGGCAAUUUACGACAAUGAACGGAACAUCAUUUCGACCGAAGCGGGCACGAAAGGGCUGGGAAGUGGUGGUCCCGGAUUGUUCAGCAAGUUUAACACCCUCAUCUUCAACCAACCACCGCUGGAAAUGACGACGGCCGCAUCGGCAGCUUCCAUUGACGGUAGCGACGAAGUAGAUGGAACGAUCGAUCAGGACGAGUUCGACACGGACAACGAUAAGGUGAAUCUGUUUACUAAAAGUUCCAAAAACGAGUGCCUUCACCGUGCGCAAUCGUCCUCGGUUGAAGAGGAUGACAAAAACUAUGACGAGCUGAACAGUUUGCUUGGCAAUAGCAAAGGUUUCGACUUCCUGAAUAACUGGUAAAGCUUCCACGAUCAAGCCAGAUCAACGAGAUCCUCGAUUUCUUGGCCACAACACUUUCCUUCUAGUCUAAUUUGCACCGUGCACAUCUCAUGCUGGGUCUUACCCUGAUUAAGGACACUCGCUCUCUUUUGUUUAGUAAUUCCUCCCUCUCUAGAUGAUCUUUACAAUCGAAAUCAUCAUAACUUAUACUUCUUUAGUGCGUUCCUUGAUCAGCUUGCUAAUUUAAAUUCAUCUAAACUUGUUCCAUUGAGGUAGACGUAGAAAUACUCAAAGUCAUACAAAUCUCGAACAAUAUCAAGUUAUCUUAACAGACUGAACAACCCACGCAAACCCCAAAAGCGAAGAUUUUGAGCUAGGGUAGACGGUUAGUUCGUUAGUUGGACCGCACCACGAAACGUUAGAAGUCGAAUUUAGUUCAUGAAAACCAAAAAAGAACGAGCAAAAUUGCGCAAUCUUCAACUACUCAUUGCAGGGAAAAUAUCCUGAUGUAGGCCAUCAUCGAUCGCUCCCAUUAGAGGUUUAGAAUGCAUGCUCAUUAGUGAAACUUCCUUUAAAUUGAUCCCUCAUCUCUUCACGUUCUUAUCGUAUAAGAUCGAAUAUUUAUUCACGAAAUCCAUUUCAUCACAUCAUUACAUAUAUCCGCACAGACGGUAUCGGUAAACAGUAAUACCUCAUCUUCUCCAAACACUCUUUAGUAGUGUAUUGCAACGAUCGUAUAUCCGUUGUUGGACGAGCAAUGGAUGGUAGUCCGCUAUCCGAGAGUUGUGUAACAGACUUAUACUUAGAGCUCAUGCAGUUGAAGUAAAUAAAGUGUAAUGGAGCAUCCACAUAACUUCGUCCCUCAACUUUCCUCUGGCAUCAGCAGAUUGAGGCUAGCGUUGGCGCCCGCUAAGCUACCGAGAUACUUUUCUUCAUCCCCACGGAUCGACAGGACAUCGCCCACCUGGAUGCCACGCUUAUCACGCAUCAUCGCACAUCGUUCCCAGCGCGAGCUUUGGCAUGAUUUGCAGCUUAUCUUCGGUAUGCGGAACAGGCUGACGGUGCGGUUACCACAAUCGGCAC